AAAAAAUAGACACACAAAGAAUGGGCAAACUCAAGAUUACUGUUAUUUCUGCUAGAAAUUUGGAAGGAAAGGAUGUUGGUGGUACUUCUGAUCCAUAUGUUAGAGUAACAAUUGGUUCCGUUCAAAGAAAGACUGAUCACAUCAGCAAAAAUUGCAAUCCAACAUGGAACACAACCUUGUUCUUUGAUUUGCCUCCUUCUGUUAAUCCAGCCAGUGAAAGUGCUGUCUUUGAAGUUUAUGAUUAUGAUCGUUUUGGAGGAAAUGAUAUUAUUGGUAAGGCAACAGUUGCUUUGGGAACUUUAUAUAAGGGACAACCACAACGUGUCGAUCUCAAAUUGCAAUAUUCCAAGUUGGGUACUUUGACUGUGGAAUUGUUGGCUGAAGAUUUUGGACAAGCCAUGCCAACUCAAUCAGUUACUCAAUCACAACCACUCAAUCAAGGUCCACCAGUUCAAGGUUAUGGUUAUCCACAACAACAACAACAACAACCAAUGGGUUAUCAACCACAGGGAGUGCAAGGUUAUGGAUAUCCUCAACAACCAAUGGGCUACCCUCAACAACAACCAAUGCAAGGUUAUCCCCAACAACAACCUCAAAUGGGUUAUCAACAAUAUCCACAACAACCACCAAUGCAAGGUUACCCUCAAAUGCAACAAGGUUAUCCACAACAACCACCAAUGCAAGGUUAUCCUCAACAACCAAUGCAAGGCUAUCCACAACAGCCAAUGCAAGGUUACCCUCAACAACCUCAAAUGGGUUACCCACCUCAAAUGGGUUACCCACCUCAAAUGGGAUAUCCUCCACAACCAUUCCAAUAAUUGUGUACUAUAAAUUUGUAAUUUAAACUAGCAAUUUAAUGCU